CGUUGGGACUUUUACGCAAGCGGAAGCCGGAAGUGAGUCCCUGUUCUGGAUGCUAGCGAACGGACUGAAAUGGGUUUUUGAACGCGAACGGAACACCAUGAGCUCGUAUUUGAUGCUGUUUCUGCUGCUGCUGGACAUUUACUCCAGAUGUGUGAUCGCGUAUCUGAGCUCUCCUCACGUGGGUCAGGAGCCGGCGUACACAGCGCAGCAGAGCCCGGUGAUGAGCAGCCCGCUGGCCCUGACCGCUUCCUCCGCUGCCCCGGCGGUGACCGAUAGCUACCUGUCCAGGUGUCCCAGCGGCGGUCUGUGCUCCAGACUCCCGGCCGACUGCAUCAUCUGUGCGUUUCAUCACAACUGCAUCUACGGCCGGCCGGCCAGCUUCACCUGCAGAGCUAAAGCAGGCGUCCACUGUGUGAGCGAUCAGAGUCAGCCGCAGCAGAACUUCUCUCUGACGCUGGACUGUCGCUUCUGUUGGCAGCUGGAUCCGUCGCAGUACCGCUGCUCGAACUCCACCAGCUGCAUGACGGUGUCCUGUCCACGCAGACUCUAUAACGCUACCUGUGAAGCUCUGGAGCAUGUGCACUGCCUCGGGAAGCGGGUGUUUCAGAAGCGUCUGUUCUGUAACUGGACGGGAGGAUAUAAGUGGUCCACGGCUCUGGCCCUCAGCAUCACUCUGGGGGGCUUCGGAGCGGACCGCUUCUAUCUGGGCCAGUGGAGGGAAGGUCUGGGGAAGCUCUUCAGCUUCGGAGGGCUGGGCAUCUGGACGCUGAUCGACGUGCUGCUGAUCGCCGUGGGAUACGUGGGGCCGGCCGACGGCUCUCUCUACAUCUGAGGGUUCUGUGACUCCUCCAUCCCAGAUUCACACGCGUCACGUCCAGACUCCCAUCUGCUCCCGAUGCCUUCAUGCCUUCGCAGGAAGACCGUGAUGAACAUCUUUAUGGUUUGGAGUCUGAAACAUGUACAAUAUGUAUCUAAACUCACCUGUGUCUGUGUAAUAUUACUGCUGUAUGUAUAUAUGAGAGUGAUUUCUGAUUAAAACUCGGUCAGGUUGAUGAUGA